CAACAAUUACCAAUCUAUUAACACACUAGAGUUCACUCACACAAUCAUGGCUAGUUCAAUGCUUACCAAGGUUACUUGUUUGGCUAUGUUAUGCUUGGUUUUGGGCAUUCCAAUAGCCAAUUCUGCCCCUUCAUGUCCUCAAGUGCAACAAACUUUAGCACCAUGCAUUCCGUACCUAACAAACCCAGGUCCACCCCCUCCCCCUGACCCAUGUUGCAAUGGGUAUAAGACUUUAGAUGGCCAAAUCAAAACUCCUGAAGAUAUUCAAGAUGUUUGCUAUUGCCUUAAACCCAUUGUGGAGAACCCCAAACUCAAUAUUUCUGCCCUUGCUUCCCUCCCUAAAGACUGUGGUAUGGACAUGGGCUAUGUGAUUAGCCCUGACAUGGACUGCAGCAAGGUAAACUAGUACUGAGCAGCUUGCAGGGUUGAAGGUUAAUGAAUAAAGUAAUAAUUGGUUUUUGGUAAUAACCAAUACCGACAGAAUAAAGAUGGCUUAAUUUCUUCAGUUGUAAGUUGUAACUGAAUCCCCACUAGGGAUCACUAUAUAUAUAAUAAAAA